ACAUAUUCUUAGAAUAAAAGGAAAACGUUGACGUAAAUAGGUUCCAUCGAGCCAUGGCUUAAAUUUCGUUAUCGAGUUUAUUAAAUAUUUCUCCAUGCAUAAAUAACGGUUACCAUCAUACCGUUUAUAAGUAUCAGUUCGGUGAUAAUACUGAUAAUUUAUUAAUAUAAUGAAAUCGUCAACAUGGUGGUGUCCAACCAUUACAGUCGUUAUAUUGUGUUUCGUUGCUGGUUCGCGUCACGUUUUCACAGAAGAAAUCCAAUCACCGCCAGUUGAAAGACGAAUAUCGGUAUCCCAAUUCUACGAUGAUACCGAGAACAGCGACAUCAAUAAAAAUAAAUUAAGACAAGAGGCAUCGGCGCAUUACCACAGAAACCGAGAAGAAUCGUCGCAAGACGAAGAAGACUCAUUAUCUGGGUACAGGAAUUCGCAGCCAUUCCCGAAACACGACACGAUCGCCGUCGGUUCGGUCGAAGACGCCGAUAUUAGCGGAAUUCGAAGGGUUCCGCAAUUCGUGCGAGGAUCGGUUGUGCCUCAAGAUGAGCCCGGCGAAGAAGCUCAAGAAUCCAUUAACACUGGAACUUAUAAUAAUCAUCGUUCACCUCAAUAUAUACAUGCUAGUCCGGCUCAUGAAUUGGGUUUAGAUAAAGGCCCUUCGUCGAAGAAUCAAGUAGUCAGUAAUUACCUGCCGAAUUUCUCUAGUCAAAGUAAUCAUUACGCGCCAUCUGAUUUCGUACAAGAUCCAUCUUACCAAUUGGAUUUUAAAUAUCACGAUUAUGACCAAUUAACCAAAUUUUUAAGGACGACGUCUUCUCGGUACCCGAAUCUGACCGCAUUGUAUUCCAUCGGAAAGUCAGUACAGGGUAGAGACUUAUGGGUGAUGGUAGUUUCAUCUUCACCGUACGAACACAUGAUUGGUAAACCAGACGUGAAAUAUGUAGCUAAUAUGCACGGUAAUGAAGCCGUUGGUCGUGAACUCAUGUUGAAUCUAAUUCAGUAUUUAGUGAACAGUUAUAGUACCGAUCCAUAUAUCAAGUGGUUAUUGGAUAACACUCGUAUUCACAUUUUACCAUCAAUGAAUCCGGACGGCUUCGAAGUAGCUAAAGAAGGUCAAUGUGACGGAGGUCAAGGACGUUACAAUGCUCGCGGUUACGACCUUAACAGGAACUUUCCGGACUACUUCAAGCAAAAUCACAAACGUGGUCAACCGGAGACGGACGCAGUCAAAGAAUGGACUUCGAAAAUACAAUUCGUUUUGUCCGGAGGUCUUCACGGUGGCGCGUUAGUGGCCAGUUAUCCAUUCGAUAAUACAAAUAAUGCCAGAAGCUGUCGUUCGUCGCCCAUGUGUUCAGUGUUCCAGAGCUACUCCUCCGCCCCAUCAUUGACACCAGACGAUGAUGUAUUCAAACAUUUAGCAUUAACUUAUGCCAGAAAUCAUCCUACGAUGAAUCAAGGGCAAGCAUGUAAGGCUGGAACUCCAUCUUUUCCUAAUGGAAUCACUAAUGGAGCUGCUUGGUAUCCGUUGACAGGAGGAAUGCAAGACUUCAACUACGUAUGGUACGGUUGUAUGGAAGUAACGUUAGAAAUAUCCUGUUGCAAGUAUCCCCCAGCUUCCGAAUUACCAGCUUUAUGGCAAGAAAAUAAAUUGUCUUUGGUGAAAUUCUUAGCCGAAGCUCACCGAGGAGUACACGGAUUUGUAAUGGAUGAGCACAAUAACCCAGUUGAAAAAGCAUCGCUCAAAGUUAAAGGCAGAGAUGUCGGUUUCCAGACAACCAAAUACGGAGAAUUUUGGAGAAUUUUAUUACCAGGAGUUUAUAAAUUAGAAGUCUACGCAGAUGGAUUCGUACCACGAGAUGUCGACUUUAUGGUUAUCGAACAACACCCAACGUUAUUAAAUGUGACGCUUCAUCCGUCUAAGGAGAAAAUAGAAAGAUUUUCGUUAUGGAAAGCGCUAUUUUUCGGGAUUUAUAACUAGUACAACUUGGAGAAGUGUUUCCUCCAAUGUGACACUAUGAGUGCAUGCACAAUGCACAUAGUAGGUAUACGCAUGGUAUACGUUACGUUGAAAAAAGCGUUUUGAAUGAAAAAAGUGGCAAUUAGCAUGCUUUGAAUUUCCACUAUUCGAUUAAUUUUUAAAUUUUAGCGAUCGCUACUUAUUUUUCUUUCUUUCUUUUCUUCUUUUUUUUAGAAUAUAUUAUUUGAAUAUUAAGUUAUCGCGCUUCUCAUAACAAGAUUGAGUUGGUAUUUUUACUUGAAUUUUUUUAAAUCAACUUUUUCUUUCUUUCUUCACGUACCUAAUUUACUGUUACCUACCUCGGAUUAAUUCUCAUCUUUCUGGUCAAGUUACCUUUCAAUAUAUCGAAAAAACCGUUCGAUAUUUACCGAUUUUUACCUCCUUCGUACGAAUUAAUGACCUACCUACCGUAAAUAAGUCUUUAAUUUUUUAUUCGACGAGAAUAUUACGUGAAUUUUUAUUUUUGUUAGCGUCACAUUAGGUAGGUCUUGUAGGUACCUAGCUACCUUUUCACCAAUUUUUAUCGUUUGUUUUAUUUUCUGUAUAUUUUAUCAUCGAAAAAUUCUAAUAUUUUAGUUAUUCUCUACCUAUACUUGUUUUUUUUUCAAUUGUUGAACUUUUUGUCUUUUAUAUUCUGUAAAUUGCUUACAAGAAUAACGAAAUAUAUUUGACAAAAAUUAA